AUGGGUUGUUCUUUUUUUCGUAAAUUGCUUGAUGAUGACUCAGAUGAAGAUGAGAUAAUUAUAAAACUUCUCACGGGUUCGACACCACAACGUAAGCAUCGUCGGUAUAUCGAACGUAAUCAUUUGGCAAGCCAUAGAAGGCUUUAUGAUGACUACUUUGCCGAAGAACCUGUAUAUCCUCCCAACUUAUUUCAAAGGAGAUUUCGAAUGAGACGUUCUCUUUUUCUCCGAAUCUUAUCUAGGGUAGAAGCUCAUGAACCUUACUUUACCCAAAAAAGAAAUGCUGCCAAAAAGCUUGGUCUAUCUCCCCUUCAAAAGAUGACCGCUGCACUUAGGAUGCUUACUUAUGGAGUAGCAGCUGAUUUUAUGGAUGAAUAUGUGAGAAUAGCAGAAACCACUGCAAUAACUAGUUUGAAAAAAUUUGUUGUAGCAGUGGUUGCAAUUUUUUCAGAGGAAUACUUGAGGUCACCAAACAAUGAAGACAUCGCUAGAUUGUUAGCCCAUGGCCAAAACCGUGGAUUUCCAGGCAUGUUGGGAAGUAUUAAUUGCAUGCAUUGGAAAUGGAAAAAUUGUCCAACUGCAUGGAAAGGGAUGUAUUGUGGUCAUAUUCGUGAGCCAAUUAAUUACUCAAUUAAUGGUGAUGAUUACACAAUGGGAUAUUAUCUUGCCGAUGGCAUAUAUCCACAAUGGUCAACAUUUGUGAAGACAAUCCCAAGGCCACUAUUAGCAAAAAGAAAAUUAUUUGCAAAAGCUCAGGAGGCAUAUAGGAAGGAUGUAGAGCGUGCAUUUGGAGUGCUUCAAGCACGAUUUGCUAUUGUACGUGGACCUGCACGGUUUUUCUAUCAUGAAACACUACAUGACAUUAUGAAAGCGUGCAUAAUUCUUCAUAACAUGAUUAUUGAAGAUGAGCGAGAUGAAGCUGAAGCAAUGGACUUAGAUUAUGAACAAAUUGAUGAGAUUUCAUGUACACCAAUGUCACGUGAGCCAACAAAUGAAUUUACGGAAUUCAUUCAACUCUCAUCUCAAGCCUCUCAAGCUCACUCUCUCAACGUCGCCGGCCCGACCAUCGUCAACGUCGCCGCCAUCGUCAAGUUCAGACCCACGCCGCCGAUCUGCCUCGACGCACUUCUCUUCCGCCGAUACACUUCAGGGAAGUUUAGAAGAGUCGGUGGCGGUAUUUUAGAAUUUUCUGUGGCAACGGUGGCGGUAGAAGAGUCGGCGGUGGCGACGGUAGCGGUGGCAGUUGCAGGUGGUUGUAAUUGUUGUUUAUUGUAA